AUGGGAAAAACAGCUGUGAUUCGGGGAAUAGGUUUGUUAUUUUACGGUGCACACUACGGCUACUACACGACUACGAUCGAUAUUUGGAGUGCCGGCACGGUAUUCGGAUCGGUUCUUUUUCCCGGCCAAAAGGAGAUUUUCGACCUGAUGGUGGAGCUGAUUCGAGUCCUCGGCACACCGACGAAAGAGCAACUCGAGCAGAUGGGCAACGAUUUGAGGGACAUUCAAUUCACGCCGAUGCCGCCGACACCCUGGCUAGAGACGAUUCCACGCACCGACAAGCAGGCCCUCGAGUUGAUCGCUCGUUUGGUGGUUUACGUUUCGACGGAGAGGCUGACUGCACAA